AUGAGUUUAUCAGACAUAGAAUUUAUAUCAGACAAUGAGACUAUUAAUUCUCAGAGUGAUGAAGAAUGCAAUGAUGAUAAUGAAGACUUUCUAGCAUAUUUUACAAAAAAGUUUUCAGUAAAUACUAUAAUCCAUACUUCAGUUCCUAUAGAGUAUCCAAGAACAUCACCAACUGGUGUUGCUACAAUUUACAACAUAACUGGAUGGUCUAAUCCUCUUGCUUGUUUCAGUGAUAUACAGUAUUCUAUAAAUGGAUCAGGUGGUGGUAUUACACUUAAAGACUGUCCAUUUCUUGGCACUUCAGUAAAAAAAAAUGAACAAGAUUUUAAAAGAAUCAUUGCACAACAAGAAAAUAACACAGUACAAAGAAAAACUUGCUCCUUCUUUCUAGCUGCUCAAGAAUCAACAUGUAAAUUUAAAUCUAAUAAUGUGCAAUGUACUGGCAAAGCUACAUUGAGAAAAGUUAAAUGUAAUGGUACUUUAGUAGUAACAUAUAUAAUUGGAUGUGAAAAGUAUGUUAGUGGCGAAAAAUGGCAUCGCUACAUGAAAAUACCAGAUGAUAUUGAUCUAAUAUCAUUGUUGAGAAAUUUAUUUAAUGGAUCUCAUAUACCUGAAAUUGAAAAUAAUGAGUGUAAAACAAUUUUUCCUUUAAAUUCAAGGAGAAAAACAUGUGGUAAUAUUUUAUUAUUUAAAUUCUUAUAUGUUUUACAUUUUACUAAUAAAAAAUUUUUUAAAGAUUUUUUUCAUACUCAUAAUGGUGGUGAAGUUGUAAGAGGAAAAUUAUUGAAAAACCAUGCGAUGUAA